AUGGGUCGUUACAGAUACCCUCUAGGUUUUCAUGACAAUCUUUUUGUUUUUUCUUAUGAGCAGAGUAAAAGGAUCCAUGCAAUUGUUCCUUCUGAUUGUGUUUAUAUCUUUUCCAAGGUUUUAUGUGAAGACUUUGUCUACACUAUGAGUUAUUUCAAAGUUGAAGAUAACAUUAACUUUUGUAUGAAUCCACACAAGUUAUUGUUUUGUCCCAAAACAGAGAUUGUGCCAUCUCAAAGUUUAUAUAUUCCCCGCUAUUCCUUCAUUUUUUUCGAUUCUCAAAUGAUUAUGAACUACCGAAAUGGCUUAUCUUACCUUAUUGAUGUUAUUGGUGUGGUAACUGAUUUUCAUUCCAAUCCAGCUAAUGAUACAGGUGCUGUCAAAGUUACAAUAGCUGAUAAGAGAGGAAUUUGUGAGUGUUUGCUAUAUGGAGAAUAUGCUGAUCAAUUCAAGGAUAUGAUGUAUGAAAAUUCCUCUCAGUUGCCAAUUUUAGUUUUGCAGUUUGUUAUGGUUAAAUGCAAACAAGGGUUUGUUUUUGUUGAAACUGUUGAAGCUGUUACUAGAGUUCUAUUGAGUCCUGCUAUUUUGGAGGUGGAUCAAUUUAAGAUUGAGAUGGGAUAUAUGUCUGUUCCCGAUAUUUCCUCUGAGAAUCAGUAUUAUUCAGGUUCCAAACCAUGCAAAGAGUUAGAGUUUAAUGGGUUGUAUCCUCACAAGACUCUCUAUGAAUUUGUCCAUUCUUUGGAAGAUGGUUUGUUUGUAUUAUGUGUGAAGAUUGUUGGGCUCUUCAAAGUUGAUCAGUGGUUUUAUCCUGUUUGUCAUUGUGGUGAUUUUUUGGAGUUUGUGGCUGGAUCAUAUUAUUGCGGUCGUUGUCAUCAUACUGUUUUUGGCACUACAUCAAAGUGCCAGCUUCAAAUUGCACUUCAAGAUAGCACAUCUUGUGUGUUGUUGCCAAUGUUUGAGAGUUUGCUUUAUGGAAUUGAAUCAAUUGAAAAUAAUGGAUCUACCUUUGCUCUAAGUGUGGAUGGUGCAAAAGCAUUAAGUGAUAAGAAAGUGUUGUUGAUUUGUAUCUUUCAGACAGCUUCCUCUGAUUUAGCUUCUGAUUCCUUAGCUAUUCCGCCUGAAUCCAUUUUUGCUGGGAAGAAACCGUUGGUGGUGGAUGCUUUGCAAACAAUUAUAGAUGAUGCAGCUCCUCAGUACCAUGAAAAAUAUAAGCUGUUUAAAAUUCGAAAUGAGCAUAUCCUGUCUAUGGGUGGAGUCAAUGUGGAUGUAUCUUCUUCCAAUAUUAUCUAA